UUCCAACAAAGACGUUCCCUCGCCCAUAAUCUCCCGUUGCUCAGCAGUUUUGAUACCUGUUAUUAAACAAAGAUGGCUGCAGUAGAUUUAUUCAUGUUCCUUAAAAUGCGGAAUAUACCUGAAAGUGUCAUCAACAAACUAAAAGAAGACAAGAUCGACACCAAUGUCAUAGGCAUUAUGACAGAUAAGGAGUUAAGCAAGUAUAUCGAAAGAUAUGGGGAUCGACUUGCGCUCAGAGCAUUUUGCCGUCAAAGAACUGUGUCGGGUGGAGCCGAGACAGUGAAGUCCUCCCUCAUGCAGAAAUGAAGAGACAGGUUAAGAACUCCUAAUACUGUACAAGACACCGCUACUGGCCAAAAAAAUGCAGCCAAAAUCACCCGGCGGGUUGAAAUGGGAUGGCUCCACUUUGAGAGUGGAAUGUAUCACCAGGUUAGAACGAGAAAAGGAGGAGGAACACGGAAUCUGUCGGUCCAGAAAUCAGUGACUAUGGGUGAACUGUUGGAGACAGUUGGCAAAUGCUGGUUUUUUGCAAAUGGGGAUUCAUCAAAAGGACUGAUAGAAGACUUCGAGUUUGACAUUUGUGAUUACAGUCCCAGUCCUGUGCCCCGUGAAGUCACGGUGGGCCAGCUGUACCAACAGACUAAACUAAAAAUGCUACGCGUCUACACAGCCACCAAGUCUAACAACAUUCUACUUCUCUCUGAUGAAUCAUCGGACAUGGAGCCAACACAGGCUAGGUCUAGGACAAUGAAGACACGAUCCUUGAGGAACAAGACCAGGAGACUCAAUGAAGUGGAUCAUCCAGAGAGCUCCUCUGAUUUAGAUCUAUCUCCAAGUGGCUCAAUGCAGCAAAACCAUGAACAAAGAAGAGAGACAAUCAGCCAGUCAAGAUCAGCAACUCCUGAGAUGGGUAACACAGAGCUCCUGCAUACACAACCUACUGAGGAUGUUGGCAGUCAUACUCAGCAGUCAACAAGAAGGCAUGGAUCUGAAGAUGACUGUUUAACGGCUGUGCCAAGUCAAGAUGCAGACCAGUUGUUAAGUGAUGUCUCAGAUUCCCCUCUUAAUCCUGCCAUUCAACAAUCUCUUGAGGACUCUGAAGUGAAGUUUGGACCCAUUGUUGGUGAUGAUAGUGAUUCUCAAGACACCACACUUCCCUGGAAUCCACAUGACUUGAGCAGCAUGCAGCAUUCCACAUUCAAUGAUGGUCCUGUAUCAUCAAGCUGUCUUCCAGCAUCACCAGAUCCAUUUGACAAAGAAAUCCUUAUUUUGAAAUUAAGACGAGUAAACAUAGUUGAUGAUGUCCUUAAUGUCUUCAUGGAUCCAAAAGUACUGAAUGCUCGUCUAAGAAUGGAGUUUACAAAUGAGAAAGCUAUCCUCUUUGGACUGGACUCUCGCGACUGUGUUGGAUCCAUUGUGGAUUGAACUUUCACAGUAUCAUGUUAGAACCGCUCGACAUCCAUUGCUUUCCUCCUCUCUAAGGUUCUCAUAGUCAUCAUUGUCACCGACGUCCCACUGGGUCAUUAUUGUCACCAAUGUCCCACUGGGUGUGAGUUUUCCUACCGAGGAUGUCGUGGUGGUUUGUGCAGCCCUUUGAGACACUAGUGAUUUAGGGCUAUAUAAGUAAACAUUGAUUGAUUGAUUGAUGGACAGUGAUGGUGUGUCAAGAGAGGCGUACUCCGCAUUCUGGGACCACUUCUUGGACCAGUGUGAGGGGGAAGAUGAACGAGUACCCAGGCUACGACCAGACUAUUCUGAGAAGAAAUGGCAAGCGCUCGGAAGAGUGUGGUUGAAAGGAUACCUGGACCACAAAAUCCUACCAACCAGCCUUUGUUCUUGCCUGUUGUAAAGGAGUUAGCUCAGUGGAUGAAGAACUAUUAAUGAUGUCAUUUGCCAGAUUUCUUUCAGAAAAUGAGCGUGUGUCGCUUGAAAAAGCACUACAGGGUACCAUUGAUGAAACUGUUGAGGAGGACUUACUUGAUGUCUUCUCCAGAAUGGGCUCACACUGCCUGCCCCCUAAAAACAAUUGACGGGCUGCUAUUUUAACAAUGGCCCACAAAGCUCUUCUUCAAGAGCCAAAGUUUAUAAUUGACUGUUUCCACUCCAGUGUUCAUAAUGCUAUGCCAACGCUCAUAACCACAGACAACAUAAUGGAGAUAUAUGAAUCUAAGAGGCCAACUAACAAGAAAGUGGCCCAGAUGAUAAAACCAUCACUUGAAAGCCUAAAUCCACAAGAGCAGACUGCUCUUAACCACCUGCUACGGUAUGUGAGAAGCAUCGACCAAAGAAAAUUGGAGAUUUUCUUACGCUUCUGCACAGGAUCUACUGUGCUGUGCAAAGACACAAUUGAAGUCAUUUUUAACACAUUGUGUGGUUUAAGUCGCAGGCCUGUAGCACACACAUGUGGAGCAGUUCUUGAGUUACCAUGCACUUACAUCACAUACCCUGAGUUUGGCAAAGAAUUUGAUAAUGUCUUGUCUGGUGACUGCUUCACAAUGGAUAUUGUGUAGUGAAUGGAAAGCACAUCUAUCUUCUACACUGAGUUUUGCAUUUGUCUGAUGCAAAACUGUUUCUACAGAUUUUCAUUUAUUGUUCUUAUUAAAACAGAGACCGUUUACAUUUUUAAAAUUGUUUUAUUUUCUUAUUUUUUUCUGUAAAUUGUUAGUACAUUGAGAUUCAGUUUUUUUUCCACAAGACAGUUUAAUAAUUUUGAUAAGUCAGCAGGGUCUGUUCUCAUAGGUAAAUGUCCCUUUUUGUACAAUUAUUACAUUUUCAUGUGCAUCUUUUAUACAAUUGUUAUUCUGAAUAAUGUUCAGAAUUUAUGUCAUCAUUCAACAAACAAGUUCAUGUUCAAUGCAAGUACAAUACAUUUCUAAUGGUUGUUCAGUUCUGUUCAUUUCCUCUUUCAUGUCCUGCCUUGUUUCUCUUUGCAGUCAGUGUGCAUAUAGUGACAUAUCAAUCCUAUUUGCACCUCAGUUUUGCUGCAAAAUGUUCUUAAUGUUUGUGGCAUAGCACUGUUCAAGUGUAGUCAGUGUGGACAUGUUGUAGCUCUGAAUAAUCUGAAUAAAAAUCCAUCUCAAAUUA